AUGCCAUACCAAUCGCGCGCCCUUGACAAAGAAAAGUGUCGCACACCCAUUCCGCCCCCUCGACCUCGAUCGCGAGCGUUCCAACGUACUCCAUUCGCAGUUACAAAAUCGAAGACCGGGCCCAAGAGCGAUGAUGUGCAGGCCCCUUACGACGUAACCUCAAGUCUAGAGCACCUGGACCCUGAACGCGUUCCGAAUAGAAUCGACGAAGCUGUAAAGACUGCUUUGGUAUCUCUAUCCGAUGCCGGCAUCUCCACCGCGACGUAUGGUGUACGAGCUCGGGAUGUUCGCUCUAGAGCCGCGACGGAACACGAUACGAAGGUACUUAGCAUGGUCACGACCGCAGUAGUUGCAGAACUAGAUGAAGUAGCGGAGAUGAAUCACGCGGAAGAUUUCCACAAGGAACCUAACGAGGAAGAAGAGACAUUGGAAGUCAAAAUACCAUCGUCUCCACCUCAAUCUCCCUUCUCGGACCGUCAUAGUAUCAAAGAACAUAGCGAGAACGGAGAUGAGGAGGAUACCAAGAUCAUGGCAUCUGAAGCAUCUGAAAGCGAGUCUAUUAUCCAAGAAACCCCCGCGGCAUACGUCGCUAGCUCAUCCGAAGGAACACAGUCUCCGUGUCGCAAGUUCAAGCGAAAGGCAUCUGUCCCGACGCUGAUUGUGAGCCUCGAAGCGAACGAGGAUGACCAUCAUGACCGCACCUUGUCACGACAGGAAUCACGGGAAUCACUACCUUCGGAGUGGGAGUGUGAUAAUAGCGAAUUGGAUUUCUCGGUAACGGACAUUAAUAACCCUUUUGACUCACAACAUACCUAUGAGACCGAGGACGGAUUGACACUCCUAUCAACUCUGCCUAAAUCCACUCAACAGGCCGUAACCCCGAAGAAACCCGUACUCUCCAGCGGCGUUCAGACCCCUAUCCACUGCGUUCCAGACUUCCAGAAUCUUGCGUCUAAGUCGAACAAGCUGGCUCUACAUCGUCAGCAGUCUCGAACUGGUAGACAGCAGAGCGCGAAUCCGCAAAUUAAAACCUUCGAUCCACUUCCCACUGGCGAAGAAACAGAUUUUCGCGGGCCAUUGUAUGACUUCGGCCAGCUGGCGGUGGAUACUCCGAAUCGUCGAGAUCAAGACCAUGUUCCAACUUCCUCGUUAAUGGAACGCUUCAAUCCACUUUCUAGAGCCCGUAGAUUUCGUCGAGGUGUACCAACACCGAUGCCUCCUCGAAUUUCUCGGCCUGCAUCACUUGUAAAGGCUGCCCACCUGUCCAACGCAGGAAUGAAUGACGACUUUACAGAUCACGUAGGCGUACUUCUUCAAGACACGGCAUAUGCAAUGCAGCAGAUGAAAAUGCCCGAAGAAGUCGAGAACAACCAGCUCCCUCAGGCCAUCGAACUCCUUCACGCCGGUUUCAUCGACAUCCAGCAGCUGCAUUAUCAAUCCCAGUCAUACCAGCUAAACCAAGAACGCGCUGCCCGCUUUCAAGCUGAGCACGAGCUCGCCCAUCAGUCCUCUGAACUCCAAGUUGCGAAAGAAAAUGAAAGCGAGCUCCUAGAGCGCGUCGAAAUGCUUGAGAACGCAGAUACGGAAAACGCCCAACUGCGCGCCGCGAACCAGCAACUCGCACAAGACAACAAGGCCCUGAGGUCUGCAAACGACGUCGCAAAACACAUCUUCGGGCAGUCGAAUACCGCUAUCAAAGAUUUAGCGAGGAAGACUGAGAAGACACUCCGCGACGAGAUCUCUAUUUUCCGCACUGCCAACGCAGUCGCCAUUCGCAUCAAAUCUGCUGAGCUGGAGAAAGCCAAAAAAGAAAACGAGCUGCUUAAAGAAUCCCUCCGCGACCGCAAUUCCCGGCUCUACGCUAAAGUCUUCGAAGCACGCGAGCUGCGCGGCAACCACGGCCAUAUGGAGCGGAUGCUAAGGGACCUCCAAGCCGCCGAGGACAAACGAGAGAUUGAAGAAUGGGACGAUGUGCGUGAAGAUGAGGUGCCCAAGUGCACGACGAGAGCGAAUCGAUUGUGGGAUAUGGUGCACGGCCGCGAGAGGCGCUGCCAAGAUAAUUGGUGCUCGGUGUGUCUUUGUCAAGAUCAUCGUUGUCCCGUGCAUGGUAGGGCGGUCGUUUUGGGUGACUUCUGGGAUCCGGAUGAGGGUGGGUGGGCGAAAGAGGGCCGGCGGGCUCUUGGUGAUAUGGGUACGGAGCCGCCGCUGGAGUGGGAGCCAGUUGUGAAGAAGAAAGGGUGGUUCUUCGGCUGGAGAUCUGGUUAA